AUGAUUAAAAAGUUCGACAAGAAGGAUGAGGAAUCUGGGAGUGGGUCCAAUCCUUUCCAGCAUUUGGAGAAGAGCGCGGUGUUACAGGAGGCUCGUAUUUUCAACGAAACCCCCAUCAACCCAAGAAGAUGUCUGCAUAUUCUGACCAAGAUCAUUUACCUGCUCAACCAGGGGGAGCACUUUGGCACCACCGAGGCCACGGAGGCUUUCUUUGCCAUGACCAGGUUGUUUCAGUCUAACGAUCAAACUCUCAGGAGGAUGUGUUACCUGACUAUUAAAGAGAUGGCCAAUAUCUCUGAGGACGUCAUCAUCGUCACAAGCAGUUUGACUAAGGAUAUGACUGGUAAAGAAGACGUGUACCGUGGACCUGCCAUCCGAGCCUUGUGCAGAAUUACUGAUACCACCAUGCUGCAAGCCAUUGAGCGAUACAUGAAGCAGGCCAUUGUGGACAAGGUGCCCUCCGUGUCCAGCUCUGCCCUGGUCUCAUCCCUGCACAUGGUGAAGGGGAGCUAUGAUGUGGUGAAGCGCUGGGUCAAUGAAGCUCAGGAGGCAGCCUCAAGUGACAACAUCAUGGUCCAGUACCAUGCUUUGGGGCUGCUGUACCACCUAAGGAAGAACGACCGUCUGGCUGUGACUAAGAUGUUGAACAAGUUCACAAAGUCUGGCCUCAAGUCCCCGUUCGCCUACUGCAUGCUCAUACGCAUUGCCAGCAAGCUGCUGGACGAGACAGAGGGAGGACACGACAGCCCUCUGUUUGACUUCAUUGAGAGCUGCCUGAGGAACAAGAAUGAGAUGGUGGUGUAUGAGGCGGCCUCCGCCAUCGUCCAUAUGCCCAACUGCACGGCCCGGGAACUGGCCCCGGCGGUGUCUGUUCUGCAACUCUUCUGCAGUUCUCCCAAAGCAGCCUUAAGAUACGCAGCCGUCCGGACGCUUAAUAAGGUGGCGAUGAAGCACCCGUCUGCAGUCACUGCAUGUAACCUGGACCUGGAGAACCUGAUCACAGACUCGAACCGCAGCAUCGCCACACUGGCCAUCACCACGCUGCUGAAGACUGGCAGCGAGAGCAGCGUGGAUCGCCUCAUGAAGCAGAUCUCCUCCUUUGUGUCAGAGAUCUCAGACGAGUUCAAGGUCGUGGUGGUGCAGGCCAUCAGUGCCCUGUGUCAAAAGUACCCCAGAAAACACAGCGUCAUGAUGAACUUCCUCUCCAACAUGCUCCGGGACGACGGUGGAUUCGAGUACAAGCGCGCCAUCGUGGACUGCAUCAUCAGCAUCAUCGAGGAGAACCCAGAGAGUAAAGAGACGGGACUGGCCCACCUGUGCGAGUUCAUCGAAGACUGCGAACACACCGUGUUGGCCACCAAGAUCCUGCACCUGCUGGGGAAAGAGGGACCGCGCACGCCACAGCCCUCAAAGUACAUCCGCUUCAUCUUCAACCGUGUGGUGCUGGAGAGCGAGGCCGUACGCGCAGCGGCUGUCAGCGCUCUGGCCAAGUUUGGAGCCCAGAAUGAUGAUCUGCUCCCCAGUGUCCUGGUCCUGAUGCAAAGGUGUAUGAUGGACAGUGAUGACGAGGUGCGAGACAGAGCCACGUUUUACAUGAACGUGCUGCAGCAGAAGCAGAAGGCCCUCAACGCCGCUUACAUCUUCAACGGUCUGUCUGUGUCCGUCCCUGGUCUGGAGAAGUCUCUUCAUCAGUACACGCUGGAGCCUUCGGAGAAACCUUUCGACAUGAAGAGCGUUCCCUUGGCAACAGCCCCCAUCACAGAACAGAAAACGGAAAUGGCUCCAGUGGCCACCAGCAAACUACCAGAGAAGCUUGCACCGUCACGACAAGACAUUUAUCAAGAACAACUGGCUGCUAUCCCAGAGUUCCAGGGUCUGGGGCCUCUGUUCAAGUCGUCGGAGCCGGUGCAGCUCACGGAGGCUGAGACCGAAUACGUUGUCCGCUGCAUCAAACACACAUUCAUACGACACAUGGUUUUCCAGUUCGACUGCACAAACACACUCAACGACCAGCUCCUGCAAAAGGUGGUGGUUCAGAUGGAGCCGUCGGAGUCGUAUGAGGUUAUCCACUACGUACCAGCAGCCAAUCUGCCCUACAGCCAGCCGGGCUCCUGCUACACACUGGUGCAGCUGCCCGAGGACGACCCCACUGCAGUUUCCUGCACAUUCAGCUGCACUCUGAAAUAUCUGGUGAGAGACUGUGACCCAAACACGGGCGAGCCGGACGACGACGGAUAUGACGACGAGUAUGUGCUGGAGGACCUGGAGGUGACGGUGGCCGACCACAUUCAGAAAGUUUUGAAACCCAACUUUGGUGCUGCGUGGGAAGAAGUCGGGGAUGAGUUUGAAAAAGAGGAAACAUUUGCAUUGGCCUCUGUCCGCACCCUUGAUGAGGCUGUGGGGAACAUCGUUAGUUUCCUGGGCAUGCAACCAUGUGAACGCUCAGAUAAAGUUCCAGAAAACAAAAACUCACACGUCCUUUUCCUCGCUGGAGUGUUUCGUGGAGGUCAUGAUGCUCUGGUGCGUGCUCGCUUGGCUCUGGCAGAUGGGGUCACGAUGCAGGUCACCGUGCGGAGUGGAGAUGAAACUGUGGUGGACAUCAUCCUGGCCUCUGUGGGAUAA